AUGAGAAGACCAACCCAAGCGCAUCUCGCCGGCACUGCCGUGCUCUUCCUACUGGCGGCCGCCAUCUCCGCGACAACUGUUGCCGUGGUGAACUCGGAGGCCGAUGCCCUUCUAGCAUGGAAGGCCAGCCUCGUCAACGCGACCGCGCUAUCUAACUGGACCCGGGCCACGCCGGUCUGUGGUUGGGUAGGCGUGUUGUGCAACAUCAAUGGCCUGAUCAGGGAGCUAAAUCUCCCGGGACUCGGUCUCUCGGGCGAGCUCGACACGCUUGACACUGUGGCGCUUCCGGAGCUUGCCACUCUGAUCCUUUGGAGGAACAACCUCGGAGGCCCCAUCCCAGCCAGCAUAUCACAGCUGCACUCCCUCGAACAUCUCAACCUCGGCGGCAACGGGUUCAACGGCUCCAUCCCGCCGCAGCUUGGUGACAUGCCCAGCCUCGCCUUCAUCUAUCUCUACGAGAACAAUCUCGUUGGUGAGAUCCCGCGCCAGCUCUGCAACCUUCUCUCCGUCCGGUCACUAGACAUGUUCCACAACCGUCUCACCGGGGAGCUCCCGAACUGCUGGUGCAACCUCCAGUCUCUGUGGUACCUGCGCCUGUCGAACAAUCGGCUCACCGGGGAGCUCCCGGACUGCUGGUGGAGCCUACAGGCUCUGCAGUUCUUGUUCCUGUCCAACAACAACUUCUCAGGUGAAAUCCCGGCGGCUAAGGCAAGCCACAACUGCUCUCUCGCGUCACUAUCUCUUGCCAAUAAUGCCUUUGCUGGAGCCCUCCCACUCCUAGAGGGUUGCGACUCGCUCGCUAUCCUCGACCUCAGCAGCAAUAUGUUUAACAACACCAUUCCGCCGCAGCUCAGUGGCAUGCGCAGCCUCACCGACCUCCGGCUCUACAAUAACAACCUCGUCGGGAACAUCCCGCACCAGCUCUGCAGGCACCUCUCCAUCCAGAUACUGGACCUGUCAAACAACCGGCUCACUGGGGAUCUCCCGGACUGCUGGUGCAACUUUCAGGCUCUGAUGUUCAUGGACCUAUCAAACAACCGUCUCAACGGUAAGCUCCCGGACUGCUGGUGGAACCUGGAGACUCUGAUUUUCAUGGAUCUAUCCAACAACUCCUUCUCAAGUAAAAUUCCCGCAGCUGUGGCAAGCCACAACUGCUCUCUUAGGUCUCUUUACCUUGCCGGAAAUGGCUUCAUUGGUGCCUUCCCGCCUGUUCUAGAGGGUUGCAACUCGCUGGACACCUUGGACAUGGGGAAUAACAAGUUCUUUGGUGUUGUCCCUCCAUGGAUCGGGACUCACAUCCCAUUGUUGAGAAUCCUUAGCCUCAAAUCAAACAAUUUCACUGGAGAAAUUCCUCUAGAGUUAUCACGCCUUUCAGAACUUCAGCUGUUGGACAUUUCAAACAAUAGCUUGACCGGCUCGAUUCCGCUAGGCUUCGGCAGCUUGACCUCCAUGAAGCAUCCACAAAAUCUAUCGACUACGGAACUGCCCAACGAGUGGAAAUACUAUGAUAGAAUCGACAUAAUCUGGAAGGGCCAUGAGCAGAAAUUUGGAAAAGCGAUCCAGUUAUUAACCGGUAUCGAUUUGUCGGGCAAUUUGUUGUCUCGGUGCAUUCCUGAAGAGCUAGCCAACCUUCAGGGCAUCCAAUUUCUAAAUCUGUCGAGAAACCAUCUAUCAUGUAGCAUUCCUGAAAACAUUGGUAGUUUGACUUUUCUUGAGUCCCUUGAUCUAUCAUCUAAUGGACUUACAGGAGCCAUUCCGUCGAGCAUCUCGAGCGUACCGUGGCUCACCACGUUGAAUGUCUCGAACAAUCUUUUAUCGGGCAAGAUACCCACCGGGAAUCAGCUUCGGACCCUGACUGACCCAUCAAUUUACUCCAACAAUUCUGGGCUCUGUGGAUUUCCUCUAAACAUUUCAUGUACGAAUACUUCGCUUGCACCAGAUGAGAGAAAUGGUGAAGAGGAGGACCACUGGAUGUACUACUGUGUGAUUGCUGGGAUUGUGUCUGGUCUCUGGUUGUGGUUUGGGAUGCUCUUUACAGUUAAGUCCUUGAGAUGUGGUUUUCUUUCCUUUGUUGACGGCAUGCAAUGUAAAAUUAUGAAAAAGUUGUGA